UCAAUGCAGUGUACAGCCUCUGUAUCACCGACAUCUGCUUGUUUCUGCUAUGGAGAAGCAUGCCAUGAUUGUAGAAAUGGUUGCCAUCCUGGAGGGAAGUCCAAUUUUAUUCCCUAACACAACUGUGAGGGGAAGUAAUCCGGUAAUACUCUCCCAUUAGCUUAGGUCAGCAGUAGUGUCAUUGUUAAACCUGAAUUUGAAGGGUGAAGCGGUAUGCAAGUAUAAACUAGUACAUCUGUAUAUUGUUAUAUUUUAUAAAUGGAUCAAAAUCUACUGUAACUAACAGAGGAAAUGCUCACAAAUAAGCCCCCUAUCAGCUUUUAGUUAUUUGGGAGAGGGUUUAUUUGAGGACAAGUUCAUACAUUACAAAUAUUAUAGACAUGGAUUUAUGUCAUAUAAUUGCCAUUAUGCAGUGUAAUAAAGCCAUUACCGGUACAUAAAUUUUGUUAUAGACAUGUUGCUAUGACGUCACAUUAACAAUGGAUUCUUGACCAGAUAUAUGGUGGGAAAUAUGUCAGCAACUAUAAACUCAUAUCUGAAAUCCGCUAUAAAUGGAACUCAUGACAGAUCCUCUAUUUAUGCAUGAUCUACUAACACAUUUAUUACUGUUCUAACUUUUUUGUUGCAUUAAUGAAUUGUUUUGUUCAGUUUGUUUUUAUUUUAUUUUACAGUAGUCAGUACAACAGAAUUUGCUAUGCCUGCCGUGUUGAUUACUCACACGUCUGAACAAGGUCCAUCUAACUCUAACAGAGGAUUCCAAACGAAAUAUCAUUGACAGUUUCGGCAAAGAAAGUGAAAGUGGUCUCCUUGAACAGUUGGCACAUGGUCAUGAUGGAAAGCUCAAUGGUGACAAUCUAGACAUCAGGGUCAACACCAACGAUGUGAGGAUGAACAAUCAUGACAAGGACUAUCAUUUCUUUGCUACCGAUUUUACCUUGGAUCGCGUUGAAUUGAAAGGACUAAAUACAGAAACUCCCCAAGUUGGUGAUGUGCCGGUCACUUGUUUUAUUCCUUCUGACAACGAGAAAGACCUGUUCAAAAACACUUUGAAAAUCCUUUUGGCAAGGGAAAUGGUAACUGUUCCUGGAUUUGAGUGGAUGAACAGCAUACUACCAGAUCACAUUCCACACGAACUUGAAGAUGACAUGGCCAAGAAAUCUGAGAUAUUUCUCCUUCCAGUAUCCCUAAACAACGAGAUUUCAUACUCUGACUGUGUUCACAUCCUGGAUGAGUACACCGAGAUAACCAACCACUGGUAUUCAGCAGCUGGCAGAGGAGGUGAAUUGGAUAAUCUCCAGAUUCCAGUAGGUGGUGAUCAGCUGACAAGAGUCCGAUUACAAGGUGCUAAAGGAUUGAGAGCAGGAGCACGAACAGCAGAGCAGAGGUUUGAAAGGCUCUAUCCAAUGGUGGUGGAAAUGUUUCAUGUACUUCAAGAUUUCUUGGAGAAGCUGUGCAAGAAAUUCCUGAAUUUGUCUAAAGGACGGGAUGCAGGAACCUUAGCCAAUAUGAAGUGCCAGAUUCAACGGUCCAAUGUAAAUGGGAAAGUUAAGAGUCGAUUCAAAGCACAUGAAGACUUUGUGCUGACAUGUGGCCACAGCUAUUUCAUUGCCUACAUCAUGAAGCAUUUCAACAUCACAGAUGGGAAACCAAUGCACCAUGCCCUUCCUGACAAGAUCCGCAGCUUCAUCAAUGCCAAGAAGAGAGAAGUUUUUAACAACAUUAUGGAUGAAGUUGUGGCAGAGAUAUUCAUACCAUUUGAGCUGGAGGAACCAAUCACGGAUGAGAUGCACAUCCAGAUAUCCAUCAUGACGCAGCCACCAGUAGUAUUCACAACUGUGGCACGCCCCGACAAUGGUACUGUGAAUGUAGUGUUGGAUGUUGCAGGAAAAAAGGUAAUUGUGUCUCUCAAAGUGGACACACUACUUCAUGGAUGUCGUGUUAACAUACCAGGAGUGACUGCACCCAUCAAGUUCGUGACAUUUAAACCACCGAAACUUGAGGAUGAUCUCAACAACUAUGUGGUGAAUUUCAUGCAGUGGUAUUUUAUUAUUCUGCAAAUGAAAGAUGCUUUGCACGAGGGAGACAUAUACAGAAUCAAUGUCAUUCUCAAGCAGAUGAUUCCAUUUUUCUACAGUCAUUCUGCUAUGUCGAAAUAUCUAACUGAGUGCAUAGACUAUAUCUUAAAAACAGAACACACUCUAUCACAACAAAUGUCAAUGAAAGUAAGGGCAGCUUCUGUUGUAAAUCCGACCGGUGGUAUUGGAAAUAAUAAGGCUGCAGACCUUCAAAAGGAAAAUGAAGUCAAGUAUUUGAAGGAACUUAUUCGUGGCCUGGGUGCUAACAAAACCGAGAAGGCUAUUGUUAAUGUCACCAGGGCAGCACCAGUAAUAGCGAGUGUGUGUGAUGCCUUUGACGAGCAGACAAAGGUAAAGAACCUGAAGUCAACACACAAGGUCCGUAGUAGGUCAGAUGACACAAGUGCUCUGUUGAAAACACUACAGAAAUUGGAUAUUUGGAGUAUUCAUGGUGGACGUCAGUUGCAACAGAAAGUCAAGCGUUCUCCAUUCGAUUUUCACAGAAGUCAUUUCAAAGGCAUCAUUAAAAACACUAUAAAGAGGUUGUUAAGAGAUCUGCCUGCUAUCCAUGAGGACAGUGACAAAUCUGACAGUGAUGAUGAAUAGUCAAUCUGUUGCGGGUUUUAGUCAUACACGAAUGUAGAUUGUUCAGUAAAUGGUUUUUUUGGUGAUCAUUUGAGAAAAUAUCCAACCAAUUUUAAUAACAUUUUCUUAUAGGAGACAAGUAAAAUUUCAGGGUUUUGACGUCAUUAUUCGCAAUAACAGAUACAUCAUAUUUAUCCAACAAUAAGCCCAUACCGUGUAAUAAGCCCACCCAUGUGAAAUACAUUUCAGUAGAAAUGCUUACAAGUGCUAUUUCAUUGUAUUGUAAUAAGCCCACCCCCUACUUUGAGUCAAGAGUUUAGGUGUUGGACCCCUGGGAUUAUUGCAGGAUAAAUAUGGUAUGCAUAUACACUAUAUAUACAAUAAUGUAUAUAUGUAUUGUAAUGUCAGGAUGCAAAAUUUCAGAGGAAAAUAAUUGCCAAAAAGUCUAUUGAUCAAACAAGCUGGACAGAGAGUAAAGGCUAACAGCAUUACUGUUUAGCUCUAUAGUUCAUCACUAUCAUCCUAAAAUAGGAUAAGUGUACAUGUUUUUUUCCUUACUAUAUACAGUGUAUAGGU